AUGGCUAUGUUGGAUAUGUUAAGUUCGAAUUUGAUUGUACUUAAUGUAUUUGUUGAAGGAGGAAAAAAGUUGGGAGACCUAGCUGAUGAUGUUAAUGAGAGUGAAGCUGCGAUAGGUACUGUUGCUGAUGUUGGGAGUGGAAAUCAGAAUGUUAUAGAAGAUGAUGAUAGUGAAUAUGACUUAGAAUAUAACCCUAAGUGUGAUGAAGCAUCCGAUGUAAGUUUAGAUGAGCUUGAUUUCAUAUCUGAUGAUGAGUUUGUACAUGCUAGAGUAAAUUUGAAAAAAGUAGUUAAUGUGUUUGACAUUAUAGACACAUAUGAUGUGAAUGAUGAUUUUGAUGAUGGUGAGGAGCCUGCUUCUGAAUAUGAUGAAUCUGAUGGUGAUGUGCAGUCUUCUGAAACGGAUGAGGAUGAUGAUGGUAAGAGGUAUAGGAAAAGUAGAGUGAUCUAUGACCCUAAAUGUAAGCACAAAGAACUAAAAGUUGUUAUUGGAAUGCAAUUCCAAGAUGGUUUGGAGUGUAGAAGGGCUUUGACAUCAUGGGCAAUAGAAACUGGUAAGCACAUCCAUUUUAGGAAGGUCUCCAAAACUAAGUGCAUGGCUAAGUGUAAUCCUCCAUGUCCCUGGAAAAUCUAUGCUAGUGUUGUAAGCAGUGAUGGAACGUUUAGAGUAAAAUCUUAUGCCGGUGAUCAUAAGUAUUGUCCUAGGAAUAUGAAUAAUAAGAUUGUAAGCAGUAAGUGGUUAGCUAAAAGAUACCUUAGUGUCUUUAGAGUAAGAUAUGAUAUGAAAGUGGCGGAAUGGAGAAAAGACAUUCUUUUGAGAUUUAAGACAGAAGUUUCCAAGGAUAGGCUGUACAAAGCAAAAAAGAUUGCCCAAGAAAUGGUCAGAGGUUCAAUAGAUGCACAUUAUGCAUCAAUUAGGAGAUACCUAGCAGAAUUAAGGAGGUGUGAUAGAGAUGGGAGGUUUGAGCUACUCUUGGGUGAUGGAGAUGUGUUUAAGGGUUUGUAUGUUGGUUUUAGUUCGACCAUGAAGGGAUUUAAGUUAAGUUGCAGACCUUUGAUUGGCCUCGAUGGGUGUUUCUUGAAGACUUACCUGGGAGGGAUUUUGUUGUGUGCCACUGGGAAGGAUGGAAACAAUCAAAUGUUUCCUAUUGCAUGGGCAGUAGUUGAGAUAGAAAAUGAAGCAUGUUGGACAUGGUUUUUGAAGUGCCUUCUUGAAGAUCUUGGGAUUACAGAUGGGCAUGGUUGGACAUUCAUCAGUGAUCAACAAAAGGUAGUACUUAUUUACAGUAAGUUUCUUCUUUAA